GACAGGAAAAUAAUCAAUACUUGAGCUGUACCACUUGGCAGCAUCCAUAUCUCUCCCCGUCUCGAUUGCUCAAAUUUUACAAAAUAACCCCGAAUUGUGCCAACUCAAACUAGACAAUAUACAUUUUGUGACCAAGAAGCAAAGAUGCCCUCGAAGCAGAAAGCCGCCGAUGACGACCUCUCGUCCGAAUCGGUCGAAGUGCUCCGCGAGCGCCUCAACCAGAUGAAGCGACUGAUUGCGGAACGGCAGAACCAGACGAGCGCCACCGGCAGUGCGUCCGAUCUGUGGGCACCGCAGACGCGGUCCAGCUGCAGCGGCAUCAUCGAUGGGAACUUCCUGUCGAUGGCGUUCGGAGGGGCGCUGCUGGUCAUUCUGUCGGUGUCCGUGUACGCGUUCUACAAUUUGUACCACGCCGUGCUGAAGAAAUUUCCCUCGCAGCACACGGAGCUGUGAGAAGAUCGGGCAUUUCAUAUUCAUAUUGU